AUGGGAGACGAAGACGAGACGACCGGCUGCUGCAGUCGGACGAAUCGACGGACGUUAUUUCGCCGCACCACGGCGCGGUGUCGUUCGACGACCGGCGUCGCGCAGCAGCGGCUACCGCGGUGGCCAUGGCUGCGGCCGCCACGAUGAUGCGACAGAGAUCCGCGGUCGUGGCCGCGGCCGCAGCGGCCCAACAACAGCAACAGCAUCAACAGCAGCUCCAACAGCAACAGCAGCAGCAGCAGCAGCAGCAGCAGCAACAACAACAACAGCAGCAGCAGCAGUUCCAACAGCAGCAGCAACAACAACAACAGUUACAACAGCAGCUCCAACAGCAGCAACAUUGCAGGACAAUGGUGGCCGCGGCCGCGGCCGCCGCCGCAGCCGGUUACGAAUAUUACUCGUCACCGCCUCCACCCCAGACGAGUUCUGGCUAUUACGGCGGCGGCGGUGCCGGUGACGAUGACGGCGAUGACGGCGGUGGCGGUGGCGGCGUCUGCGAUGACAACGAUGCCGGCGACGGCGACGGGAUGGCGUUGGACGUUUCUGGCGGCGGCGGCGGCGUUCACGACCCGUCAGCGGACAACGACGACGACUGUUACGGCGGACCUCCGUCGGCCGGCGGCGGCGGUAACAAACGCAAACAGCGUCGGUACCGGACCACGUUCACCAGUUACCAGCUGGACGAGCUGGAAAAGGCGUUCGGUCGGACCCACUAUCCGGACGUGUUUACCAGGUGAGUUUUCGUCCAUCGCGGUUUAUUAAUUUUUUUUUUUGUUUUUCGUUUUAUAACAACGGUUAUAAAUUAAAUAACUUUAUGUAUCGCACCUACCGGACUUCCGGCCUACAAUAGCUCCCGCAUAAGCCCUUAAGUCAUAAGCUCUUCGCUUUAUUUGUCAUUUCGGCUUUACACCACUCCCGUGAACAUUUUUUACUUAUUAUUAUUCACCCCUGAAUGUAAACGUGUCAAAUUAUAUAUUUUUAAUCUCAGUACGCAUAUAUUUCAUACGUACUUCGUUCAUUUAAACUCGAUGUUUUAAUCAAUGACGAACGAUUGAACGCGGCGUGAAAAGCAAAACAAUUGUGUUUUACACAAAUAAUGAAAUUUCGAUCGUAGUCAUAUUAACCAUUCGUGUUUGUCUGUUUCAGGGAGGAACUGGCGUCGAAAAUCGGACUGACCGAAGCAAGAAUACAGGUAAACACAAAAUCGAUUUUAUAAAACACAAGAAAUGUUUGUAUGUCCGUUAUAUAUGUAUAGACCCAGAAUCUACUGGACCGAUUGGGAUGCGGUUUUCACCGAUAAUAUAAUCCGAAAUUCUCGGGAAAGGUUUAUAGCAGAUUUUAAUUUCGAAAUUACACCCCUAAAGGGGGGAUUAUUGGUAUUUCAAAUACGAAAAUCUAAUUAUGUAUGUUGAUUAAUUGGUUACCUUGACGAUACGGAUAAAACUGAAUAAAUAAAAAAGCCGAAAUAGCCGACAAUUGCGAUACAAAUUUACUUGCAAAGUGGAUGGAAUGUAUUACAAAUUUAAAAUGGCUAUUAAUAAAAAAGCUAACAAAUAAACAAAAUGUAUUUCUUUUGUUUGCGUAGUAGAACACGCCGGGUAUUCGUUAUAUUUUAAUUUUGCUCAAAACAACCCAAAUAACUGUAUUAAAAAUAUAUGUAGCUUAGUGCUGACUUUUAAUGGAGUUUCAAAAAGGGGGAAUCCACAAGCAACGCCGUGCAGGAUCAGCUAGCAUCGUAAUAUGUAAAUAAACACUUUUCUAAGUGUUUGUGACGCUGCACGUAGACCAAUGCAAUUCGGACGCAACGACCAACAAUCAAUGCAGUCAGGUCGGGCUGAAAGAAAUAUCGUUGUUCGUUUGUGAUUCAACGCUAUAUUAUCCCCCACGUAGUACCUUAAUUCCUCCCCAAGCAGGAAUUCCCACCCCCUUUGGGAAAAACUUUAUGCUUAUCAAUAAUUAGUAUGGUUUUUUUAGCCGCAAGGUAUUUUAAAUAAUAUUGAAGUUAUAGUUUGAAGGGCUCAGUGCAACACAACGAGGCGAGUUCAAAACGACUUUUUGAUAGUUUCGGGGGUAAUAAAUUCUGCGUGUCCGUCUGUACGAAAACAAUAACGACUCGUCAUUGAAAAAAAGACUUGGCCGGUUCAACAAAAUUCUGGGCAAAAUAAUAGACAAUUGCCAUCGUAAAAAUAGUUUUUUUUUUUUUUUUGUUCAGUUUUCCAAACGAUUUCGAAAAGCGGACUUGUCGCGGUCUUACAGUUGCACUGAGCCUUCCAAUUAAUCAACUCCAUUUACUUGGUACCGGUGUAGGGACGCGUGGGACGAAAUCGCUGUAACGUUAUAUUCUAUUUAUUUAACUAAAACCGGCGUCCGUCCUCGAUGAUUUUUUUUUCUCCGAUUCGAGUACGCGCAGACGUGCGCGCGUAUAUCGCGGGUACACCCAUAUCGUAUGAUAAUGUUUUAUUAUUGUUAUUAAAAAUAGAAAAGAGAGUGAGAGAGAGAGAGAGAGAGAGAAGAAUAGAAAAAAAAAAAACAUCGCACGACACACGCUGCGGACGCAUCGGCCGCGGGCCGUUCGUUGUUUUUUUUUUCGUGUUCCCAAUUAUAUCGCCGACUCGCGUCGUCGGUGUUUUAUUCGAUAAUUUAUUUACGUUUUUGUUCGCCGCGGUCUUUUAUUUGUUUUUAAUAAUUUUAAAUUAACAACGACCGCGCGCGGUGGCGUCGGGCAUCAGAGAGAUAUAUACCCGUUUAAAAAAAAAAAAAAAACACACCAGCGUAAUAUAAUAGCAUACGAUAUUAUUAUUAUACACUUAUCCGACGUCGCAACAACAAUAUAUGAUAAACGGACGGCGGCGGUAUUUAUGACUAUCAAAAAAAUAAAAAAAGCGGGUCGGACGGCUGCGGCGGCGGGGGGAGGUGACGUGUACCGCGAGGAGCUCUUCUGUCCCGUCGCGAUUGUUGCGUACCGGCGUAUAAUGUAUUUUUUAUGAUUAUUAUUAUUAUUAUUAUUAUUGUUAUUCAUAUUAAACGGACCGUCGUCGACGAAUAACAGUAAUAACAAUAAUGAUAAUACGAAAAUAAUACGCUAACGAGCCGGUGGUCGCCGCCCCCGGACAUUUGAGUGUUGUUUAUAACGACGAUAGGCGACCGGACCGGGCUCGAAUAAUACACGAGGUGUACGGUUUCAUACGAUAGGUACCGUACGCGCCGCACGCACGAUAAGGUCGGCGCGGUUACCGCGGUCAUUGUGUGUUUACCUGGGCGCGCACGGCGCUUGUCGGCCGGUAUCGCCGUGUACGGGUGUGCGUAUAUUGUUUUUUUUUUUUUUUUAUCGGGUAUAGGCAAAUAUGUUACGGGCGAAAGCCGAAGUCGGACGAUUCUCAGAAAUGCCCGGUAGAAACGCGAAGCGUCCACCGCGAUACUCGGGCGGAACGUCGUAUUACGGCUGUUGCCUGAUAAAAUCAAAAAAAAAAAAGUCCUCCUUAGAAUACCUCCGCAGUCGAAUUUCCUUUCAGGAAAAGUGCUACACUUGCGUAUCGUAGCAAUAGUUUUGGUAAACAAAUUGUUCAUAGAUUAAAAAAAAAAAAUGAUAAACUUCAUUGUAAAACCAUAGGCUUCUUCGGUCCACUCGGAAUCUAAAGCGUAGGGAGGUAAAGAGGUAAUUUUUCUCAGGAGUUUUCUCAACAAAUGUGAAAAACCGAAAAAAAAAAACGGAGAAAAAGCCCGAAAAACGGAAAAAUGUGCAAAAUAUAUUAGUAAAAUAUUAUGAUUUUUUUUUUUCUUGUGAACUACUUUUCUACCAGCAAUUUAGCUCCAAUUUAUAACGGUGGUCGCUACUAGGUUUGUCCGGGCAAAAGCCCAAAUAUGACGUUUUUCCAAAGUAUAUUAGCCGCCUAUGAGCCGUGUCCGUGUUGCGGGUAUCACGAACCCUAAAUGAUAACAUUUUGUAGAUUUUUCGCAUAUCGUUCGGUCCCGGGGAAGAAGGGCUCGGGUCAAUUUUCGGAAUUUUUUUUCUAUACGCGAGUGUCUAAUGCUAUUUUUUUCCAACGACUUAUUGUACUUAAGAAAAUUCUAUGUACAUAAUAUAUUAAAAUAUUUAAUGACACAAUAAUAUUAUAAAUUAUAAAUAUUUUCGUAAAACUACCGAUACUUUUAUUAUAUUAUUAAUAUGUACUAGAUUUUUUUUUUUACUUUUUUAAAAAUCAAUUAUGUUUUGAUAUUCUCGGGGGCCACGAAAAUUCAGGGGCUCGGGGCAAAUGCCCUCAAAUGCCUCCCUUAAAUCCGGCACUGUCGGUCAUAUUUCCAAAGAAAAAUAACUGAUUUCUCCGCGACACCUACCAUAAUACUCGUACAAUAUUAAUACAAGUUAUAUUUUUAUAAACGCGAUUUUCAGUUGUUUGCGUUUACAUUUACUCGCUGGCUCAAUUAUUAUUAUUCAAAAAUAAUAUUUUAUUGGUUUACUGCGAUGCCCGUGCACAGAAGAAGAACAAAUAUACUAAAAUGCGUCUCCCCGCGUCUCUCCGUUUCCAUCCCGUAUCCAUCACAAGCAACCGUCGUUUCCCGCCAUUAUUUGUUAUUAUUAUUAUUUUUUAUUUAGAACACAUUUAUGCCCGUGAAAACCUUAUCAGACUACACAGUAGUGCAGCCGUUUGUUUUUCGUUCACCGUCCGUGUCGCCGAAAUAACCAAAGUAAAUCGCCAAAAACGAAUUUGUCGUAUCCACCGGAAAUACCAAUAGUCCCGCGUCGGUUUCCGUUCGUGGGGGUCACUUAAUCGGGGAUAGGGGGCAGAGGCGCCGAACUAUUUUUCAGUGGGUGGUGCGAACAUAUGUUUUAACCACCCGCCCACUCUUACCCAUACACACCCUCAACAAUAUUAUUUCCAUUUGAAUCCAAGGUCGAAAUUUCCGCGAUACUUAAGCACAAUGCAUAGCACGUUUUUUUUAUAUAAAUAAAUCGUUUUAAGUUUUAUACAUUACACUGUUUUUGAAGUUAAUGUAAUUACUGAUAUUGUAUCUACUAUAGUCAUAGUCGUCUUAUUUAUUUCCACAGUAUAUUUAAUCUAUAUCUGUUUCUACGAAAACUAUUUACUUAUUGGCCAUCAGUGAUCAAAACACUAUCAUGUUCAUAUUAAGUUUUGAAUAUCGUAUCGAUAUAUAAUAUCGAUAUAUAAUAUCGAUAUCGUAUUUAACAAUCGACCCUUAUCCGGUACCCGUCGUAAAACUAAAUUUUUACCCGGCCCAUAUCCGGUAACUGAAAAACGCUGAUAAUCUAUACACAAAUAUGUAUAUGCAUACCUAUAAUAUUAAUAUAACGGGAAAAAUCUAAUUGGUACGUUUUAAAACAACAAGCAAUUUAAAAAAUUUAAAUUAAAUUUAUAAUUUCUCAAUCGGUAGUUGAUAAACGCAUAUAGUGCCUCGGUCCCCAUUUCGUAUUCACAUUUCUACUAAGCCAAUACUCAACACCCAGUUAGUAUGAACAUUUCUACUCGGCCUAUACUUAAUACCCGGUAAGUAUUAAUAAUUUUACUAGGCCAGUACACGGUACCCGGUUUAUAAAAAAUCGUCAACCCGGAACAUUUCUACCCACCCUGAAUUUUAGGCGGUGCAAAUGCACCUGCACCUUAAGUACGUAUUCGCCGAACACCGAUCGGGUGAUGGGAGGGGGGGGGUGAAGUAGCCUUAUACGAUGCGUUAUUCCCGCGGUGCACCUUUACAGAAAAUUCGCGUUCGAUCGAUUGGGGGGUGGUUUCGGCAUGCGCACGGACUUUCGCGUGUGAUUUAGGAUACAAACACUUUCACUGCAGAAUUAAUAUUUCCAGUGCACACUUCUCUGCCGGUAGAAACGUUUAUUUUUUUAAAUUUAUAUUUUGUUUUGUGUUACGAAUUCGAGAAUUGAUUUUUAAUAUUUCAGGAGAUGUUCGAUGUUUAAUUUAGCGAUUGGUACACCGGCCAAAUUAGUCGAUAACUCUAUAUCGCGGUGGAAAUGUGACUUUUGUUAUAUUUUUCGAUUGUCGAUUUUUGAAACUGUAGGACGCACACGCGCGUCCAUAGCACCGCGGUGUACUAUUACUGCCGGACGCGUAUAAUAUACGGGACCCGUUGUCGUCUGGCGACCGCGUAGACGACGGCGUACCGGGUGAUCCGUCACCUUGGAGAGCAUUAACAUUUUUCGACAUUUGUAGAACGUUUAAGAAACCAGCGGCUCUACAGUUUUACAUCGGUGUUAUUUUUCGUCGACGAGAUAUUCCGCUUUUAAGUUUGGAUCGGAAGGUCGCACCAAUGAUACUCCACCACUCUCGUCGGAAUAUCUCGUCAACGGAUCGACGGAAACCAAAAAUGUCAACGCCGACAUUUAUUCUGACUAACGCCCCGUCCGUUUGCGGAGUUUUUAACCACAGGCGAGCAGCAGUUCUGUCCACGAAUUCGGACGUGGGCGACGGGAAACGACGCGGAUACAAAACCGCAGAGCCGCUUGUCCCGCGCGUGUACGAGAAAACGGAAAAAGUCGAACAAUUUCCGGGGUGACGAGAGUGCGCGCCCAUUCAAACGGGUCGCCCGGCGCGGUGUGCCGGGCAGUUACGCGUCGCGAAUCAUGUUACGAACGAAACGAUCGAGCGCACCCCGCGGCAAAACACGCCCGCCGCCACAGUAACGCGUAUCGUUACGCGCAAUGACGAGCCGCCGGACCGCGGUGGCUCGCCUAAUCGUUCCGCGCGGAAUCGGCGCACCGGCCGCAAUAAUCGCGUACCGUCGGACGCUAUUGUAACAGCUGCGCCGGUUAUGCGUCGGCGCGCGUACCGCCGCCGCCGCGGUACGCGGACGCACCGUGCGCCGCGCCGCGCGUUACCGUCGUAACGGUGCGGCGGGCGACAAUGCGCCGCGGCGCGCGAUGGCCGCCGCCACCGUCCAUUGUCGUCGGACGACAAUCGCGGUGAUAUUAUUAUCGUCGCCUCUCCCGCGUUAUUACACCGCCGCCAACAACGACGACGACGACGACGACAACAAUAAUAAUAAUAAUAAUACGUUUUUCUAACACGGCGCAUUACGGAUAUUUUUUUUUUUAUGUAUGUAUAUACAUAUUUUUUUAUUUUUUUUUUCAGUUUUUUCACUUAACGCGCCGCGUUAUAUUGUUAUAACGUAAUACAGUAUUAUCAUUAUUAUUAUAUUGUCCGUCCCGCCGGACGACGAUACCCGCGCACCGUCAUUAUAAUAUCGCGUUAUGACAUUAUUGUCGCGCACCGAUCUCUCCACGGUUUUCCGAAACGAUCGCGCGUUAAACGCGUUCCGUUGCGCGCCGCGGCGGCCAUCGGUCGCAUCGCCGUCGACACACGCAUAAUAUAAUAACAAUAAUAACGACGACGACGACGACGAUAAUAAUAAUAACGAUAAUAACAUUACGUUGUGCGUACACCCGUAUACGGUAUAUUAUCGGUGCGCGUUAUACGUCGCGCACCCGUUAAUACGAUUUACACCUAUUAUUGUGCCGAGCGAGAGCGCGCGCGCGCGUAUACACGCCGCGAGUACGUACGCCGCCGCCGCCGCCGCCGCCCGGGCCCCGUUUAAAUUGGUUUCCGAUGACUGGGCGUUUUUCUACGAUUUCCCCCCGCGCGCGCGCGCACCCCGCCGCCCGCCGGACCGACACCCCGCCCCGCCGUCGGAUUUUCGUCCCGUUCUCACACGCACCGGCGCGUUAUAUUAAUAAUAUUUAUUACCCGUGAACACGCGUACGUACAGAUACGUAUUAUACGGGCCGGUGUGGGCACACAACUGCGUUCAUUAUGUUGUUAUUAAACACCGCCGCGGUUAACUCGGCGUAACGAUACUGUACGUGCGCGCGCGCGCGCGCGCGAACUUUAUUAUUUUAUUUUCUCUCCCGCGGGACGACGGCCAGAACGACAAAAUUAAAAACAGAAAAAAAAAAACUAACCCCGGAAUUAAUGAUAUAAAAAAAAAAACGCGCGCGCCGUCGUAACGCAAUAUCGUAUUAGAUUAGGCGGCGCGGCAGCGGCGUGCGGGUGUUCCGGCGACCGUUGAAUCGACGGUCCCCCCCCCGGUGUGACGCGGCCGCGAAGCGCCUCACCCAAACGUUGAACCGGCUGCGUGUGCAGGAACUUUUCGCGGAGCGGGCCCGGACAUUUGUCGCAAACGAAUGCGCGCGGGGAGAGGGGGAGAAGGGGGCACUAAACGCCUGAAGGCCUAUUCAGCCUCGUCCGCGUACAAUGGAACACCGCCCUUUGAAGAAAAUGCAUUUACAACCGUACGGAGUUACAUUUCAAAAAAAACAUUAAGAGAUCACCGCAUUGUCCGUUGGCAUCGAUCUUACACGUGUUUUCAACGUUUUCGAGACGUUGCUGUCCACACCGGUAAUGCGCACACAGUAAUUCAGUCGAAUAAUGUACGUUUGGCAAACCAUUUGUCGGGCCCGAAAGCGGUAAUCACGACAUUUGAAAUAUGAAUAUUGCUGAUAACAGAGAAAUUGACAAAUACGAUUAUAGAUGUAAUCUAUCUGUAAUCGUGCUGGCAAACGAAAGUAAUUAAUAAUAUAUGUGUGUGUGUGUAGUUCAUAACGGGUAUCAGGCAGGUCGUUCUAGAGAGGCUGUUCCUCUAGACUCUGGAGGAAUUUUAAUCACUGCACCUAGUCGAUUUCCGACCAGCAAGUGGCAACCAUUCGCAACAAUUACGAUUACAUUUCAUGCGGUUGCGAUUUAUAUCGGCACGGAUGUUUGAAUAGGUAUAAAUGGGGUCAAUGAAGGCGAGUCCGGACCCCGUGGACCCCCUCCCCUCCACGUAUAUACGCCGCUGCGUGAAACUGAAUAUCGAAUCGGCUCCAAAUACGAUUUCGACCGGACGGAUCUCAAAAUACAAAGUGCUCUGUCAAUAUAAACGCGAAUGUAGGCAUUCGUUAAAAGGAACAUAAUAUAGACGAUUUAACGAUUUUUCAGGAGAAACAAAAACCUAUUUUUCUCUUAGUAAAUCUGAUUUGCUGUACGCAUAAAUCAUACACAUACCGCGGGUCCCUUUUAACACAUUAUGAGUGUUUCACAUUUAAUUCCAUACAGAACAGGACGGCUUUACGCGUAGGGACAUUUUAACGGAAAAUUACGUGUUUACAUGAGAAGAUAAAUAAUUAUUUACCAUAAAACCGUUUUUUGUCAAACGUGUCACUCGUGUCCGUUUAAACGUAUUGCCAUUCAAGUAGAAAAAGUACGGGACUUCAAUAUUUUUAACGACACAGUGCCUAAUAACUGCUGGGAAUCGUCUAGUCUUUAAUCCGAUAGCGGGUUAGACAGGCACAACCGUCGUAAUUACGCAACUAAACUACUAAUUUCACUGUUUAUAUCGUUAAACGCAGUGCUCGCAGUUCGUCGCAAUUUAUCGCGAUUCGUACCUCUAUAAUUAUGUAUGAAAUUAAUUCGUCGAAAAAAUUAAUAGUGAAAAGGAAGAAUUGAUUUUAAUAGGAAAUAGUUUUAAAUUCACCCGCCAUAAACCUCUCCAAAAUACAUUAAAAAAAAUUCAAUUUAAAUUUUAACGAUUUUGAUGAUCUAUAUAAAAUGCAAUAUUUGUAUUUUAAAUUAUUAUUUCGAACAAUUUUUAUAACCAAUGGAUUCCUAAAAUAAAUACCGCGGGAGCCAACUCAAUAGAUAAAUCUUGGGAUCCAAUUCAAUAGCACCGGAAGCCGCCACGCGCCAUCCCACAGUUGCAAUUUCAGGAGUGUCAUUUUGGUUUUUCGAAAUAGAGGCGCAAACAUAUUCGAAUCGGGCCGAUUUUUUUCUCCUACGGGCUGUUUAUAGUAUCAAUAAUAUUAAAAUUCAGCUGUUUUCACAUCAGCUGUUCACUGUGAAUUUGUUGACAUUAUAAUGAAAUUGAUAGUCAAUAGUCGAUAGUACUAUCUUUAAUCGUAAACCAUGGGUAUCUGCGGCUCCUCGAGAUGCAAUCUGUGGCUCUUUGGAAAAUGCAUCAAUAUUUAGACAUGCUAUAUCCAGAGCUAAACCCGUAAAAUAUAAAUUAAAAUUCCAUUAAAUGCCUACCAAUGGAAUUGCUUACUUGUAGUACAAUAUAUUAGUCCUUUUUUGUAAUAUUAUGAUUUGUUUUUAAAACAUAACCGUCGUGGCUCUUUGAAAAUCACGGUUUUGCAAUUUUUUUUUGAAAAUGGUUUCCGAACCCUGGUAACAGGCGUACUACGAGUAUACGUGCAUACCCUUUGAAAUUUUUUUCCAAACGGCUUAGCGGCGUUGCUGUUAUUUCGCGAUAAGAUACAUUGCGACUGUCGUGCGAAGAAAUUAACCGGCGUGCUGUAUUUCUAAUUUCUAAUUUUUUCCUGUGUACCGUGUACGUCAGCUGUUGGUUUUACUAAGAUGUUUAUUUUUUUUCCCCCUCUUCUUCUAGUCCGUGGACACGUUUUUUCAUAGUAAACUUGCUCCGAUUUUUACGUGUAGCAACUUUACUGAAAGCACUUCAAAUUAUGUAUUAACGAACUACGCUCGGAAUCGUCUUUCGUCAAGCAAUGGUUUAUCGUUCCAACCAUUUCCAAUAACAGCUUUUUUUUUUAUGGCUCUCCGUUAAAGAAAGUUUGAUCACUAUUGGUGUGUACGCGAUCUCCUUGUUCCGAUUCUUCCGCUUCGUGUUUCCGAACGUAUAGGUGUGAACGUUUUCGGUCAAAAUGAACCAUUCCCUUUUCGGCCAGUCUACAAUAACCGUAUUUGGCCGGUUCACUAUUACGGUCACCAAUGUAAGAUUUUUAAAGUUAAAAAAAAAAAAAAAAACUAAUAUAUGUACUAUGCAAUUUACUUAUGUUUCGUUUCUUUUUGAUAUUUACGACGUUUACGCGGUUAAGAAAAAUAUACAAAACAAAUUUAAAACGAAAAAAAAAUAAUUGGACUUAUAAUGUUACUAAUGGAUUCGUAUGGGAUAUAAUUGCAUGUUUUGUAAUGUAAUGUAACACGAUUUUCAAAUUGAACGUAUUCCCCCCGGCGUUGACGACAUCUUAAAUAUUAUAAUCGCUGGCCCGGGUCCGCGGACAUCAAAAUAAUGUGUAGUGAUAUCUAAUAUUGUUCGCGUCAAACAGUUUUCUAAAUAUUUCAUUCCCCUCCCGAUGUGUUGCAGGUUUGGUUCCAGAACCGGCGGGCAAAGUGGCGCAAACAGGAAAAAGUCGGUCCUCAGGCGCACCCGUACAGCGGAGGCGGAAACCCGUACCUGGGUGUGCCGGGUUCCAUGUCGGCGGGCCGGCACAGCCCGUCGGCCGCGACCGCGCUCAGCCCUCUACCGGCCAAUCCGCCGUUCAUGAUGCCGGCCGGCAUAGGUGGACUGGCCGGCAUCGGGGCCGGUAGCUUGGGGAUUGGAAGCAUAGGACUGGGUAACCAUCAUCAUCUGCUACACAGCGGACACCAUCAGCAUCACCAUCACCACCAUCAGCAACAGUUGCAGGCCGCGGCCGCGAUGGCCGCCGCGCUACGAAGUCACCACCACGGCGGCGGUAGUAGGUCGCCGCCGCCGCCGUCUUCGCAGGCCCUUUCCGUGGCCGCGGCCGCGAUCGAGCUCCAGCAGCUCCAGCAACAGCAGCACCGCAGCAACGGGGUCACCAACUUCCGAUAUCCGACCGCGGCGGUGCAACAGCAUCAAAGAUCGCCGCCCGGGUCGGCAACGCCACCGGCGGCCGCGCCCGAAGACGGCGGUUCGCCGCCCGCCACACUGCCGCUCCAGCCGACGCUCUAUCACCCGCCGGCGCAGCCACAGCCGGUGCAGCCGACCACCGCGGCCCAUCACCAUCACCCGUACGCGACGGUCGCUUACCAGCAACAACUCCGCGGCGCUGGCGGCCAAACGUACCAGCACCAUCAACAGCAGCAACACCACUUUAACAGUCUGUUGGCCAACAUGGCCAUGGCCGCGGCGGCUAUGCGCCCCGGCGUCGGCGCGCUGCGCGGUUCGCCGCCACCGCCACCGCACUCGGCGUCCUCCGCCGGCGCGGUGCUGCUGCACACUCCGUUGCCGGCGCCGCUGCCUCCGCCGGCCGCGCUCCCGGUCCCGGCGCACCAUCACCGACAGCCGGUGCCGGUACCGCCGCAUCAGUCCGACUCGUCGGCUACCGGUUCGCCGCCCCCGCCGCCCGCUACCGCGACCGCCAGCGUACGGGGCACGGGCAGCGGGAUGAGUAGCUGCAGCAACGGCAGCAGCCCGGGCGCCGGGUCCGACGCCGGGGACGCGUCGCCGGGACGCGUGGCUGCGGCCGUGGCGGCCGCGGCCGCCGCCGAGCUGGACCGCCGGUCCUCGAGCAUCGCGGCGCUCCGCAUGAAGGCCCGCCGGCACAGGGACGAGCUGCGGUUGAGAAGCGGAGACGAAGCGGCCGCCGCGGUCAACGGCGUCCGCUGUUCGUCUUCGUCGUCGCUGUCGUCGUCCACGUCGGCGGCGUCUUCGUAA